CGGAUCCCGGAUCCCGGAUCCCGGAUCCCGGAUCCCGGAUCCCGGAUCCGGCAUCCGACUUGGACAGGUGCACGAGGAGGAAAUCCCAUCUUUCUGGCGCAACCAUGAGAGUGAAUCAGAACACUAUGCUGCUGGGACAGAAGGUGAUCCUGGUACCCUACACCACAGAGCAUGUACCCAGAUAUCAUGAGUGGAUGAAGUCAGAGGAGCUGCAGCGGCUGACAGCCUCCGAGCCUCUGAGUCUGGAGCAGGAGUAUGCCAUGCAGCACAGCUGGCGAGAAGAUGCUGAUAAAUGUACCUUCAUUGUGCUGGAUGCAGAGAAAUGGCAGGCACAGCCAGACUCAGCUGAAGAGAACUGUAUGGUGGGAGACGUGAACUUGUUCCUUACUGACUUGCAGGACCCAACUUUGGGGGAGAUUGAGGUCAUGAUUGCUGAACCCAGCUAUCGACGCAGGGGGUUUGGCACAGAGGCAGUUCUGAUGAUGAUGGCUUAUGGAAUGACCACACUAGGUCUCAACAAGUUUGAAGCCAAAAUUGGACAAGAAAAUGAACCUAGCAUAUGCAUGUUUAAAAAGCUUCACUUUGAGCAGGUGACUAUAAACAACAUCUUUCAAGAGGUGACACUGAGGCUACUGGUAAGUGAGCCAGAGAGACAGUGGCUUCUGGAGCAGACCAGCCAUAUGGAAGAGAAGGAGUACAGCAGGAGCUGGUGGAGCCACAAAGCUAACAGUUGCUCAUCUUCCUGGGAGCCCUACUAGCUGGCCUGGUCUUGUAGGGAAGACUGUUGGAUGGAUGGAGGAAUCUAGUCUAUGCCUCGUAACAGCAUAAAAACAGAGCCCUCAGUCCUAAAGUUUCCUUGGCAAGCCAAGUGUCUUCUCUCCCUGAUCAGGGGAGUUAAAAUACCCAUAGAUCAUUGACUAGGUUGAACUUGACUUUUGAUGAGAGCAGCUUUGCUGAAGUAAAGAUAAGGGAAGACUCCAUUUGGAAUCAGGGAUAGGAGAGAUCCAUGAAGGAUGUAACUAUGACGAUUUACACUCAGCAUGACUACGCUGUGCCUCCUUUGAGGCGCAGUGCCUGCUCGGCGUGGCUACUAUGUAUGGAGAAUGCUGGGGUUUUGUUGCCACUGGCACAUGAAAUCGAGACUGAGUUCAGAGAAGCCUGAAGAGUGGACAAUAGCAGGUUUGGGAGAGAAGAACCCAGAGGAAUCCUUGGAACUGGCCAUAUGACCUGAACUGAGUGAGAGCUCUGGAUUGAUCUCCAGCUUCUCUGUAUGCCCAGCCUCACAGCACACUCUUCCUGAUGGGUGCAGGCCCUGACGUCAAGUUCUAAUCAGUAGUACUAACUGGGGGGAGUCCAGAAGCUGCUGUGAUAGAGCAGGACUUUCCUUCAUGAGGUAGUACUCAACCCUGGCAUUACCUUGCUGCUCUCCAUAUGGCCACCAGGUGGCAGGAGAGGAGCAAUCCAACAUAGCCUGGGCUGAGCCACCGCUAGAGAAAGACUCUAAGGUUUGGGACCACCACCUGUAUUCUGGCCAUCAUGAAAUACAGGGCUGUUUCCAAAGUAUUACCCCAGAUAUAAGAUUCUCGAGAGUUUGUUUACUCAUCUGUAAAGUAAGGGGAUUCGAAUAAUGAUCUCUAGCAUUUAGAAAUUACCUGGACAGGUAGGGAAAGAACCGAAAUCCACACCCUCUAUUUCUGGCCAUCUUUGAAAUUGCUAAUAUAAUGCCUGCCCUAUCAGCCACUCCACCCCAUUCUUGCCCUAGUCAGAGAGCCCCAAGGGCACAUAUUUCUCCCUUAUCUUGGCAUGCGAAGCUGGGAGGGGCCGUGACCCCAAUUCAGUCUUAACAGUAGGAGGUUUUCUAAUUGUAGGGAUAGGGGUUUGGGACCAAAAGGUUGAAGAAAGUGAGUUUGGCUUGAGUUCUCAACUCCCAGUUCCUAACUGUUGAUAGUCCAAUAUUGAGGCCUUUGAGAGAAUUAUAAUUCUCUUUAACCAAAAUUUUUCUUUUACCUGUCUUUACCUCAUAGGACUUAGAGCUGGAAAUGGUCUAACAAACCCCCUCAUUUUAAGGUGGGACAGUCGAGACCCAGAGAGGUUAACUUACUUCCUCAAAGUCGAAUACAACAAAAACCAGCAUUUGAAUCCAACUUCUAGUGACCCAAAACUCAGUGCUCUUUUUCUUAGAGCACUGCCUUUCUCUGUGCCUUUAAGGAAGGGGAGUCAGGGGAACAUCAAAUCCCCUGCUCCUUUUCAUGUGGAAUGGAUACCACUACCAGUUAAUCCUAGUAGAUACUACAGGUCCUACCUGACUGUAUUCCCAGACUGGUAACUUCUCACCCCUGAUAAAUACAGCUAGGGACCAACAUCUACAGUCUAGGUGACUUCUCACCCCUAUCUCUUUCCAAGAUAGAACAUACUGCCCUCAUCUUCUAACUCUGCAACUUUUAUUGCCCCCAAGCUGCUGCUUUGUGUACAGUACGUGCUGGGAUUGGAGUAACAAAACUAAUGUGAGCAGGGCUCACUGCUUCAGCCAGAUAAGAUAAUAUCAUUGGAGCUUGCUCAGGGUCUCACCAGUCCCAGCAAUCUGUGAACCACUAGCAGGCCAGGCAGAGAUUAAAGCGAAGUCCUUGCAUUCCCACCUACCUCCCCCAGCCCGGGGCUUAGUGCCUCCUAAUAACCCAGGCAUCACUCAACAGAAGUCCUCCCCUUCUUUUUCCCUGCUUCAUUCCAGACUUCUAAUCACCUAGGACUCAGCCCCCAUUCCUCACUGUGCCAGACUGAAGUUUAAACUGUAGGGGACCCAAAGGUAAAUCUGAACCAAGUGACUGGUGGUAACGGCUGUAUGAGUAGGAAUUUUUGUACGUGGUCUGACAGAAGCUAGGAAAGGGAUGCGGUAGGAUUAGGGGUUCGAGGGAAGAGAAGCUCCCUGUAUUUCAUAAUGAGGUGCUAAAACUUUUUUCUACCUGCUGAAGGAUUGCAAGUUCUAUCCGUGACUUUUGUACCUAGAGGACAAAGUACUUGUUUCUCCACCAGUUACUACCCUGAGGUAUAUACCUGUACCUGUUCAGACCUAGCCACUAAAUGAGGCUUGGCUGGCCAGGGAAAGAGUUUAAUAAUCUCUAUCCUGUAAACCUGCUGUAGCCCAGCACUCCUAGUGCAGAGUUCUGUGAAUAACGGCAAGUGUUCCAAGAACUAGGUCUACUGGUUUUCCCCUACUGCCUUAGGUUGAUAGGGCAGAGAAGGUGGACCUGCAAACAGCCCCUCCGACCUGGGCUCAUAACCACCUUUUUCUUUUCCAAAGAUCACCUGGAAGGGAGAGGUUGGCUCUAGGACAUGGAAUAAGCAUACAGGGAAGGGUUAGAGGAACCAAUGGAAUUUGUACUAGAGGUUUAUUACUGAUUAGAUUGUGAGCUCCUUGAGAGCCAGGGACUUUCUUUGUAUCCCAGGUCUUAGCAGUGUCUGGCAUGGAGUAGGCACUCUGUAAAUGUUUGUCGCCUGACUGAUGGGCAGAGCACAGCUGGGAAGGCCCUAGGUAGUACUGGGUUCAAAGGCUUCUUACAUCUGUUACCCUAAAGCCCAGGGCAGUGCCAUAAGUAGCCUUAGAGUAGGGACAGAACAAGCUCAAGACGAAACAACUUCUUCCAACGCAGGAACUGGGAAAAAUCAUGUUAAUCAUAGCACAAAAAAAAAA